AUGCCUCUGAACUUCUAUGAUGAAAACCGGACCACCUCUGCCUUCACCUCCAAACUGACCCCAGCUGCUGACAUAGGUGUGGGAUUGACCAUCCUCUGCAUCGCUCUGCUCUCUGUCUUGGGCAAUGGGCUGGUGCUGGUGAUCUGUUACCUCAGGAGGAAGAAGAUGGUGGGCUCGGAGCUGCUGUGCGUCAACCUGGCUGUGGUUGACUUCCUCUGCUGCAUCUGCUUCUACCCGCUCUCCAUCCUGUCCUCCUUCCGCCACGCAUGGCUGGGAGAAAACAUCACCUGCAUUUACUACGGCCUCGGCUGUUACAUCUUUGGCCUGUGUGGCAUGUUCACCAUCGCUGCCAUCAGCAUCAUCCGCUACCUAAAGACCUGCUGCACCUUGGCUUGCGCUGUGUGGCUGAAAGGAGCCAACAUCCGCCUUAUGUGCUGUGCUAUCUGGCUGGUUUCUGCGGUGUGGUCCAGCUUUCCUCUGUUCGGCUGGGGCGAGUACGUCCCUGAGCCUUAUGGACUGUCCUGCACCAUCGCCUGGAGGGGUUAUCACACCUCCGCCAAGGAUGCCUUCUAUGUCAUCUGCUCCUUUGCCUGCUUCACGCUGGUUCCCAUCUUCCUCAUUGUGGUGUCACAGUGCCGGAUCCUCUACAAGGUGUCCCGUUUCUCCUACUCACUGUCUGCUAGAGGGAUCCGCAACAACCUGCGCCAUGCUGAGAAGCGACUCUCCAUGAUGUUUUUCUGCAUCAGUUUGGGUUUUGUAGUUGCCUGGGCCCCCUACACUAUUGUGUCCUUCCUUUUCAUUUUCCGAAAGGAGCACCAGUACAUGGCUCCGGAGGGUUUUGUUUUCCCCGCCCUCUUCGCCAAAAGUUCCCACAUCUACAACCCAUUCAUCUACUUCUACUUCAACAAAACCUUCCAGCGGGAGCUUCGCCACCUGCUUCUCUCAUCCUACCACAAGACGGGAGGCAACAGAGUUGGGGUCCACAUUACCACGGGCCAUCAGGCCCCAUACCCGAUCCAUAUUCAGCUCCAGGAACAAGGCUGCAACCAAAAGAAUGAGUUUGGCUUGUCUCAGGAUGGAGCUCAAAGCAAGCGCAAACAUAAGCGUGAAGUAUUGCACAGCAGCAACAACCACGGCAGGCUGGUGUAUUCCUGCUGGGGGACCACACCAAAGAAAGCUUCCACCAUCAUGGAUAAUAAACCUGACAAGGACUCCAUUCCUGUCUCUAUAUAA